UAACUAAUCUACGUGACAAAGAUGAGUUUAUGUUCAGAGAUCUCUCUACAUUCUGUUCCUCUUUGGAAUAGAACAUGUUUUGUUUAUAAUGGGUUCGAUCAAGACUCUGUUCUACUUUACCCUGAGCUUCUUCGGUCUCCACUGAACAAGUCUCUUGCCAUCAAAACCUUUGAUUCGUCUGGCGUUGUCUCUGUUGGAGAAUACAAAGUCAAAGCUAGUCUUUCCUCCACUCUUCAGAGCAUUUUCGAUAAGUAUGGUGACAUCGCAUCAGGUUCCAAGCUCCAGUCUCUCUCCACAAGGACGUACCAUCUCGAGACUCUAGCCGAGGUUGUUCUUGAACUCCAGUCAACGCCUCUGCAUCGGCUGACUGAAUCACGAGCCGGUGAGAUUCUAGCGAUCGUUAAGGACAUAGAGACGGCAAAGAUCCGAGUAAGUUGGUUCCGGUCUGUGCUUGAGGAGGUUGUUGAAGCAACCAGGUUUAUAAAAAGACGCAAUACGGUAGCUAGAGAGAAAGAGGCGUGCGAGCAAGGCUUGGUUCUUGCCAAGCAAGAAAUGGAGUUUAGUUUGAAGAAGCUUGCAGACAAGGAAAAAGAGAUGAGGGAGUUUCGGGAGAGAUUGAUGAAGACAACAGGGAAACUGGGGUCUUUGGAGAUGAAGCGGUCGUGUCUUGACAAGAGAUUCGAGUUUCUGAGAUCUAAAGUCGAGAAGUUUCAGGGUCAAUCUGUUUUUACAGACAUUUUGUGAAGAACAUCUAAUGUCUAAAACUUCUAUGAUUAUAUAGAUCACAUGAUUAGAAAUUUGAACAAAUAUUAACAAAUCAUCUAGCAAAUGCUAUAACUUAGCCGUUUUAUA